AUACGAGUCGCUUAGCUGAUCGCGUUCAUUUUUAUCUGGAAACUUAAUUGUCAUUCUUUAGUUUGAUAUCAGAUUGUGGACAUUCAAACAGGUUAUGAUCCUGGCUCGUGUAGCAAGAAAGAACGUGGUUUGUUAAAAUUGAUCAAAGAUCGUUCUAACAAUGAUAAACUGCUAAUUUGCGUCGAACAAAAUGAAGUUUAUGCCUGGAAAACAACGGACGGUAACGUUUCGAGUGUAAAGUAUUAUAAAAGUUCGGGAAUAUCCUCUCAAAUAAUCUCUCUUUUGUGCCGUGUCUUUUUUGAUCAGCCACAGAGAACAUUUAUUUUCAUUCUAGGUUCCAGUCCAUCAGGAGAAUAUUUCAACCCCGGCUAUAACUGCACGGACAUUCUGAAUAAGAAUUUCGAGUCUCGCGAUGGUUUUUAUUGGAUAAAUUUGAAUCAAGGCGCUCCUAAAAGGGUUUAUUGUGACAUGACAACAGAUGGAGGAGGAUUUGCGCUGAUUGGUAAACUCAACAGUUCUGUAACAUUGAAAGUUCCAUCCAAAAACACAACAGUUGACCCAUUUGGUGAAUCUCAGUGGUCCAGUGAUCUCGGUGACGCUCAAGUUCUUGAUUUCAGAAUACAAAUAUCAACAACAGAGAACUUAGCCAAGACAAAUGCUCACUGGUCCUACAGACUGCGAAAUAUACGUCCUCUCAAGAAUAUCAUGAUUGUUAAUCAGGGGGGGGUGUGAUGCGUCAUCACCAGGCAUUGGUGACAUCGCUUAUGUCAAAGAUCUCCGGACUGAGAAAAUUGUAACAACAAAAUUCCGUUGCUCGCAAUUUGGAACACAUCAACAUUCUUUUCUGAAAAUCGGAUGGGCGAUGAUGAACGAGUGCUUCAAAAAACAAUGUCCUCAAGGUUUUGCCUUUCACCAAAAAUUUCUAAUUCAAACAGACUCGUCCGGGUCGUUCAGCUACAGUGUGGUUGGUGAUACGUCUGGGAUCCGUCACAAUUCAACAGCAUUUAUUGGCUGUGACAAAGGAGUGGGACGUUGCUCUACAGCCAAGCCGCAUAUUUACGAUGGAAUUGUAGUUGUUCCUGACAAUGCAACCAUCAAUAAAAUUCCAGCGGCUCCAGGAAUCUUAACGUUCCGAAAGGACAAUCAAAAACUUUAUCUACGAUCAAGGAAAAGCUGGAAUGUCAUUGCAGAAGAGAAAAAGCUUAACCAACUUAACGCCGCCGUUGCGAAUCUUACGGAUCAUUUGGUCGCAUUGAAUCAGAUUCUUGGAAUUAAAGAAGCUUGUAUUCAAACUCACGCAGCCAGUUGUACCCAUUAUUAUAAAUGUGGCAUGAGACAGGAUGGUGUUUAUACAAUAAAUCCUGAUGGUCUGGGAUCGUUCCGAGUCUAUUGUGAUAUGAACACAGACAGAGGAGGCUGGACCGUGUUUCAAAGAAGACAAGAUGGAAGUAAAGAUUUCUACCUUAAAUGGUCAGACUAUAAAGCAGGCUUUGGUGAUCAUUACGGCGAGUUCUGGUUGGGCCUUGAUAAAAUACGUCGUUUAUCCAAAUCUGGCCAAAAUGUUCUAAGAGUUGAUUUGAUGGAUUUCAAUGGCGCUGAACGUCACGCUAAAUAUGGAACGUUUAGUGUUGCUGAUGAAUCAGACAAAUACAGAUUGAAUAUUGGCAGUUACUCAGGUGACGCCGGUGAUUCCCUUGCUUAUCACAAUCAAAUGCAGUUCACUACCAAGGAUAGCGACAAUGAUGCUCGAAGUUAUGAGAAUUGUGCUACGAGAUUCAAAGGAGAAAAAGACAGAGAUGAAAAUUCGUCCAAACCAGUUCUAAGAAAAGGACGAGCUUUAGCAGGGACAUCAUAA